AUGAAUUUGAGAAUUGAUCAAAUUAUACAGAUGUUGUUAACCAAAUCAGAGAAUUGUCAACAUGGGUAAUAUUCAAUGUAAUUUUAGUUGUUCAUGUCUUGAACAUAUAUCUACUUAGGGUUUCUAAACAUUUAAAUAUGCAUAUAUGUUAAGAACUGCAUUAUCAUUACUUUAAAUUUUAGUUAAACUAAAAAAGAAAAAGUUAUAAUAGAUUCAUAAAAUCUUUAUUUCUAAAGAUAAUCUAAAGUUUUGUUUAUUUCUGUCAUCAUAUACUGUUAUUACAAAAGGUCAGUUUUCGAUUAGUAUUUAGGUUUACAUUGUUUUCUUAGAAAUAAAUAUUAAUAGGAUUCUCCAAAAUAUGCAUUUUAUAGUGGUUUAGUUGGUGGAAUGAUAUCAUUAUCGUUUCUUAAAUAUGAAUAAAGAAAGUUUUGGGCAUUAUAUAUGAUUGUUAGAGCAAUGGAUACAAGAUUUCAUAAUUUGCAAAAGUAAUAAGUUUAUUCAAUUAUUUGAAAUAAGUAUGCUUAUGUCAUUAUCUACUCAC